AGUUUAACUUCUGGAAUUAUUUGAUUUCCUAGAAAAUAGAGAAGGAUCAAAUUGAAAGAAAAUAAAGACCAAAGGGCAUGAUGGUCAUUUCACAUCCCUUGUCCUUUUUAAUCUGCCAAAAACGCCUCCUCCCUUCUCAUUCUCCUUUGCUACCGACUUGAAUAAAAGGAGAAGGAACAGAGAAAGCUUGAAAGGGCGAGAGGAAGAUGAUCGACCACGAGGAAGAAUCAGAGGUGUUUUCUUUGCAUGUAAGCGUGCUUUUCUAAUUAAGGAUUUGAUAUUUGUUCAAGUCCAUCAACAAGAGAGCCAAGGAAGAAGCAAGGGGAAGUUAGUGUGGAAGAAAAAGCAAAAGGUACUGGGAAGACUAUGAGUGUUAUUUGUAGUGCUUUGCAAUGGGUGCUUGAUCGGAGGCAACAGCAGAAAUCAGAAGCAGGGCGUGAUUGUGGUAAAAAUCAGGAAAAUCUGGGCGGGGGUUCAGAUGAUGAACCUGAUUGGAUGAGAGACUUUGUUGUGGACAAAGAAAAGCAAGUCCAAUCUGAAAGAAUAAGCAAGAAAAAGUAUGGAUCCAGAUUAGAUAAGCCUGAUAAGAAGAAUAACCGGGAAAUUUGUAAAGAUUUCCAGGUUAUUGGUGAAGGUUCUCCUCCUGGAAAGGGUUGUGAUAAUUCGAAUGAGAAAAUGGAUAAAGUGGACGUGGAUGUUAUCGAUGAGGAAUUCUUACUUGAGGAAUAUGAAAGUGAAAAUGAAGAAGCUCUGGAUAAUGUAACGUCGAAGAGGAAGGCUUCUAAAACUGGGUUUACUUCGUCCAGUGAAGAGGAUGAAUCUGAGGAGGAGGAGGAGGAGGAGGAAAAAAAGUUAAAGGUUUUCUUCUGUAGUCGAACUCAUUCACAGCUAUCACAGUUCAUAAAGGAAUUAAGGAAAACAGUCUUUGCUAAUGAGAUGGACGUUGUUUGUUUGGGCUCCAGGAAAAAUCUUUGCAUUAACGAAGAAGUACUAAAACUUGGAAACUCUACACGCAUGAAUGAGCGGUGCUUGGAACUCCAGAAGAAAAAGAAAAAUGAACCAGCAGAAAUUAAGAACUUUAGAGCAUGUACAAGAGUACGGAGAACAAAGGCAUUGUCUGGCUGCCCAAUGCUAAGAAAGCAUAGAUUACAAAGAGAAUUCAUGAAUGAGGUAUCUCAGAGAGGGGCCUUGGAUAUUGAAGAUCUUGCUAACUUGGGAAGAAAUUUGGGAACUUGUCCUUAUUAUGGUUCUAGAAGCAUGGUUUUGAGAGCUGAUCUUGUGGUUCUACCAUAUCAGUCUCUUCUGUCAAAAUCAUCUCGUGAAGCACUUGGUUUAAAUUUGAAAUCCAAUGUUGUCAUUAUAGAUGAAGCUCAUAAUUUAGCUGAUUCACUCAUUAGCAUGUAUGACUCCAGAAUUACUUUAGCACAGCUGGAAAAUGUACAUUCCCAUUUGGAGAGAUACUUUGACAGAUUCCGUAAUCUUCUGGGACCUGGUAACCGGAGAUAUAUUCAAACUAUAAUGGUCCUCACUCGAGCUUUCCUCCGAGUGCUAAUCAAUGAGAAGGAUUCAAACCUCAUAAAUUCUUGCCAAGAUAUAGAAAAGGCUUUUCAGGAUAGUAGGGCCUCUGAAUUUACCAUGUCCGUCAAUGAUUUUAUCUUUGAACUAAAUGUAGACAAUGUCAACUUGAUUAAGUUGGUGAAGUAUAUCAAGGAAAGCAAAAUCAUGCACAAGGUUUCUAGUUACGGAGAAAAGGUAGCCAACUUGGAGAAGAUUUCAGUUACCACUAAAAUUGGAGAACGUUAUGAAGAUGGAAGCACUCAGUCUGCAUUCCAGGCAUUAGCUGACGUAUUGCUAUCACUGACAAACAAUGACAAUGAUGGAAGGAUAAUCAUUUCCAGGUCUAGAACAACGAGCCCUGGGAAACAAGGAUAUAUUAAAUAUGUUAUGCUCAGUGGAGAGAAGAUAUUUUCUGAGAUUGUGGACCAAGCACACGCUGUUCUUUUAGUAGGGGGAACUCUACAACCUACUGAAGAAACACGAGAGCGACUCUUUCCGUGGUUGCCACCAAACCAGUUGCAUUUCUUUUCAUGCGGUCAUAUUGUACCCCCACAGAGUAUUAUGCCAAUUGCAGUCUCCCGUGGCCCUUCUGGCCGCUCCUUUGAUUUUAGCUACAGCUCAAGGAGCUCACCUGAUACUAUGCGGGAGCUUGGUCUUCUCCUCUGUAAUUUGGUGACCAUAGUUCCUGAAGGAAUUGUUGUUUUCUUCUCAUCUUUUGAUUACGAAGCGAAAGUCUAUGAAGCCUGGGAAUCUUCUGGCAUCCUGGAUAGAAUUACGAAGAGGAAGCGUAUAUUUAGAGAGCCUAGAAACAAUACAGAUAUUGAAUCUGUUCUUAAAGAUUACAAAGAAACAGUUUACCCAUCUUCGAGUAUAGAUCCGAGUGGAAACCCAGCAUCGCAAAGCGGUGCAGUCCUCCUGGCCGUUGUUGGUGGAAAGAUAUCUGAAGGGAUUAACUUAAGUGAUGGGAUGGGGCGGUGCAUAGUCAUGGUUGGACUGCCGUAUCCUAGUCCAUCUGACAUUGAGUUGCUAGAGAGGAUAAAGCACAUCGAAGGUUUUCGAAAUUCAAACCCCAUUGAAACUUCUACGUUUUCCGCCAGUUAUAAUGUUUAUAGUGGAGAUAUACAAGGCGGUUUCGGUAUCUUAAGAAGUUGCAGUCACAGAGGAAAGGAAUAUUAUGAGAAUCUCUGCAUGAAAGCUGUAAAUCAAUCAAUAGGGAGAGCAAUCCGUCACAUUAAUGACUACGCAUCAAUUUUGCUGGUUGAUGCGAGGUACGCAUCUGAUCCCUCAAAGAGGAGUUUUUCUCCUGCAGUCAACAAGCUCCCACAGUGGAUAAAGGAUCGAUUGGUUUCGUCUACCAAUAACUACGGUGAAGUCCAUAGGUUGCUGCAUCAGUUUUUUAAAUUGAACACAAGGGUUUGUCAAAAGGAUGUGUAAAUACAUACAGGGCUUACCAAGCCGAAGAGACAGAAUUCAGUAUUUGUACUCACACAAGCAGAUCCUAAGGAAAAUUAAAUUUGAUCCAA